CUCCAGGGUCAUUCUAAUAGGGUUAUAACUGUGGCAUUCUCAGCUGAUGAUAAACUAGUAGCAUCUAGAUUAGAUCAUAAGACAGUCUGGCUGUGGGAUGUGGUGAAGGGUGAGAGUGUUGUUAAGCUCUAG